UAAGAAUAAUACAUCUCGAGUCGUCUGUAUACAUGUCAUUUCUAUUCGUGUAAAUUAAUAACUUACAAUUUGCCACUAAUACCAGCGACUGUUAGUGGUGACGAAACGGAUUUGAUAUUAGCAAGGAAAAGGAGUUUGGUGACGAAAUGGAUUGGUGACGAAAUGGGAUGUAUCCAUCUCCAACUAUGGCUUAGGAUUAAAGUUAAUACCAGAUAUCUAGCAGUGUUUUUGUAAUGGUGAGAAAUGCAGUUUCAUAGUCAUUCCAUCGGAUUUAUUCAGUGACAAAUCUGGAAGCUGUUCACUUGAAUCACUUCCAACCCAAAUUGACCAAUGGGCGUUCGUAAUGACACUAGUAAACAAAUCCAUUUCCUUGUUCCCUGACGUCAUCAGUGUAGUUUAUGGUUUAUAUGAACGUUUCACCAGUUGGAGUAUCAUUUAAUUACAUAAAAUAAAUAUCUUCUUAUUCAAGUACUGUUCCUUCAUCAACAUAAACUAGAAUUAGAUUUUGGUCGUAGAUAAGAAUUCAAGUGAGACCUUAACUACCAAUCAAACACUCAUAUAUCUUAAUAUUACCGGCAAAUAACUAAAUAUCAAUCUCGGGAAGAAUAUCAGUGUUUACAAUAAAAACUUUUAUAUUAAUUAAUUUGAGGUUCACUAAAAUAUUUCUGUAUUAUGAGAUAUAUAUUUUGUAGUAAAAGAUCGUUCAGCAGAGGCCCUCAGCAGUGUAGUGUAGUCAUUAGCGUGUGAGCUGAGGAGGAGGCCAACCCACCCAAACAAACUGUGCUACAGGAAGGCAGUGGACAAUGGAUUCGGAAGCAGAAUCUUCAGAUGUUGUAAGUGAUGCCGUGGAGAAGGUGAGCGGUGGAGGUGGUGAGAGUAAUGGAGAGACCUCAGCUAAGAGACCAAGGGUUGAUGUGUCAUCAUUACCUACACGCCAAUACCUUGACCAGACUGUGGUGCCCAUCCUCUUACAAGCCGUCACACAGCUCAACAAGGAAAGACCGGGGGAUCCAAUAGAGUGGCUGGCAAAUUACCUUCUUAAGAAUAAGCCACAAUUCACUAAUGGCAACACAUAACAGGUGUAAGGAAGGAUGUUAAAAGACCUGCAGUACCUCACUUGGGUAUAUAGAUUUUUCUCGCAGACAUCUCAAGUUCAAAUCAUCUACCUAAAGAACAUUACCCCUUGUAAUAGCAUGCUGCCUUUACUCAAUCAAACUCUCUUAAGUGUUACCAUCAGUAUCCUAAUAAGCUGUCUCUUUGUAGUGGGAAUUACCAAAUAAGUCCUAUAUAAAGUUAAAAAGACAUAGGUUAAAUUAAUACAUGAGACCUGUUGUGGUAUUUCUUUGAUCCCUUUACUGUAUAACCUAAAUUUCCUUCACUUGUUGACUUUUGUAAAGCAUUCACUACCGUAAAUCAACAGAAUCGAGACCCAGGGUACCACUCACAUUAUUGGUUAGACUUAACUAUACAAUUAGUCUUUAACUUCCAGUUGCAUCAGUAUCCCAUAAAAGUAAGACUUUGGGGCAACAGUCAUCAUUAAGUUUACCGGUACAGUAUAUAUAAUUGCACUGGAAUGUAUGCACUGCAUCUUCGUCUGUUACAGGAUGGCCUACUGAACUAGAGUUAGGUGUGUUUCCCUUAGUUUAUUAACUCUUUCAGUGGUGCAACAUAAACUUGCUUCAAGGCCCUGUACCUAAGUAGCACCCAUGAGGUGUUCACUUGGGAGACAUUUCCCAUUAGGUCUUAAUGAGUUCCUAUAGCUUAUUUUCUUUUGGAAUGUGACUUAUGUUUUGGUAAGUGAAUUGCAGUCCCAUUAAUUAUGAGUCCUUGUGAACAUUUUGGGGAAAAAGUUGAAAUGGCUAAAAACACAAUAUGAUUGUGUGGACCAAGUCUGCUUAUAGGUCUGUCAACACUCCAACCUCGGGAUUGUCAUUGUGUUGUCAUGUUCAUGAUUUUUUGUGUUCAUUUGCAUUCCUUUGAUCCAAACAAAUGCCAAGUUUGGGGUAAAAUACAUGAUUAUGUGUUAUGUAUUAGACCAAAGUCCAAUUUUGUCUCGGUACAUGUUUGUUGUGAUUUUGACUCGGGGAAAUGUUCCCAGGUAAGGAUAAGCUUUUGUUUUUUGACUUGAAUGUAGUGCUAGAUAAUGUUGUUGUGGGGUACAUAUGCUGUCCUGUGACCCAGAUCCCAUUGUAGUUCAUGAAUAGCUUUGUAAGAUAUUAUCGUUGUUAAGGGUGUUUUGAGAUUUUAGACUGACUUAAGAUAUGGUGACUAGGGCCUUGAAAUCAUCCUUUUAAAAUCUCUUGUCUCUCUUUGGUGAAUAAAAUAAUCUGGCAUUACCCAAAUAAAAUAUUAAAAGUCAUGUCCCAAAGUGAAGGGGAUUGAGGGAGAUGAUUUCAUUGGGGGAGCUUAAACAAAUUGUAUAAGUUAAAUCACUGCCACUAACGUUUUGGGUAACCUACAUCCCGACCUCACUGACUCAUUGAGCACUUUACAGGAGUUGCUAAGGGAAAGGCUGUUAAUAUGAAUUCCUCAUUUAUAUUAAUUUAAAUUUAGUUUUAAUUAAAUUGCACAAGUUUUAAUUGAAGGUGUGGUAUUGACUUUAAAAUUUGCACUAGUUUAGUACCACAUUGUAUACACAUUGAUUAACUUUAAACCAGCCUAAAAAUUUUUUAAUUUAAUCAAGCUGUUAUUUUUGUCAGCGAUAUAUAUAGCACUUGGAGAAGAUGUGAAUUUAAAGAAGACCUCUUUACUGAAUCAUCUGUUGUGUAUUAUAUGCUCUUUACUGAA